AUACUUCUAUUAUGUAUCGUAUUUGUGUUAAAAAUGUCGGUAUCAAAAAAUGAAUGGAGCAGUUCAAUCUGACAAUUGGAGGAUUUCUUUAGGGACACGUAAUAAUUUAUUGUAUAAUGAUAUCCCGUACAUUCCUCUGUUAGUAGAGGACAUUCAAACCUUUCUUUCUUUUGAGGAUCAUGAAGAAAACGGUGUUAAAACAAUACAAACAUUAGGAGAACUUAUUCCAAAGACUGGAACGCGGGCUGCACUUCUGUCAUUAACACCUGGAAAUAGUUCAGAAUUUCCAAUAAGUUUCAAAAAUUUAGAUCUUGAUGAUAUAUAUAGUAAGGGUCCAAAUGAUACAUAUUGUGCAAUAUGGGAAAAACACAUUGUAUUUAAAGUAUAUGGAAUCCUGAAGAUAGAAGAAUCGGAACCUGUAUUGGAAAUUACACAUUUGGUACCAGUUCGUGAUAUGACAGGUACAUGGACUGUAAUGACACUGUUAGUUCCAAUAGCACGUUCAGAAUAUAGAUAUUAUUAUCGCACUAGAGGACAAAACAAUAUGUUACAGUUACAAUGGGAUAAAAUGGAGAAAGAAGGGAAACGUUUAGUGAAUGAAAAUAUAGAUACAUUGCAUUGUACUCAAACUUUUGUUUGAGAAAAAUUGCUUGAAGAUUAUAUUUGUAAAGAUAUU